AUGUUUUUGACAAGAAGUGAGUAUGAUCGUGGAGUUAAUACCUUUUCUCCAGAAGGACGUCUUUUUCAAGUUGAAUAUGCUAUUGAAGCCGUAAAACUUGGAUCAACAGCAAUUGGAAUUUGUACAAGUGAAGGAGUCAUUCUUGCUGCAGAAAAAAGAACAGUUUCACCAUUAGUUAUUGGUAAGACACAUGAAAAAAUAUCUCAAGUAGAUACACAUAUUGGAGUUGCAUUUGCCGGAAUUAUUGCAGAUUCACGUACAUUAGUUGAAAGGGCACAAAUAGAAGCUCAAAAUUAUUGGUUUACCUACAACAAAAAAUGUGGUGUUGAUGAUGUUACAAGAUCUGUUGCUAAUGUUGCUCUUCAAUUCGGUGAUGAUGAUGUAAAAGCUUCAAUGUCUCGUCCAUUUGGUGUAUCUAUGUUAUUUGGUGGUGUUGAUGAAGAAGGUCCAAAACUAUUUCACGUUGAUCCAUCAGGAACAUUUACUCAAUGUGAUGCUAAAAGUGUUGGUUCUGCUUGUGAAGGAGCAACUCAUAAUAUUAAAGAACAAUAUCAUGAAGCUAUCACACUUUUAGAAGCAAAAAAAAUGGCUUUAAAUAUUCUUAAACUAGUUAUGGAAGAAAAAAUUAGCUGUGAUACAGUUGAAAUGGUACAAAUAACUCCAGAAAAAAAUGAAAAAGGUGAUCAGACAGGGAAAUUCCAUAGGCUCACAGAUGUUGAAAUGACUCCACUUAUUGAAUCGGUUGCCUAA